GGCAUGGUAACCGGCAUGCUUCGCCAUUGAACUCGCUAUUUCUUGCAGCUGGACGUGAGGACGCACUUAAUCCGGGAGCAGCAUGAAGUCUGUCGCGUGUGUUGUGCUGGCAGCAGUUGCUUUGUAUUUGGUGCGCGACGCGGCCUGCGAGUGCCAGCAAGGGUGGUUUGACUGCGGUAACGACCGCUGUAUCACCAUGUUCUGGAGGUGCGAUGGCCAGAACGACUGCGGCAACCACAAGGACGAGACCGGAUGCAGUGACCACCCCAAUCGUUGUCCCUCGGACAGAUUCGCCUGCCGCGACGGCAGCUACUGCGUACCUGCAAUAUGGGUGUGCGACGGCGAAGCAGACUGUCACGACUCUACUGACGAGUUGGACUGCCACUUGAACAACUGCACCGGCUACCGCUGUCACAAUAACGAGUGCAUCCCUAGCCACUGGCGUUGUGAUGAAACGGAAGACUGUGCCGAUGCCUCCGAUGAACUGAACUGUGUUCCUAAAAACGAUACCACCAGCACGGCAGCGCCUCGUUGCGACGUCGACCAGGGUCGCUUCCCGUGCCUGGACGGACAGUGCCUUGGUCCUUCAAAGGUGUGCGAUGGCCGGAAGGAUUGUGGCGACGGCGCUGACGAAGGCGCCUUCUGCAAGGUCAACGAGUGCAGCCAGAAAAAAUGCAGUCAAGGGUGCUUCGUUGCCACCAAUGGUUCUACCUGUUACUGCAAUACGGGCUUCCACCUCAUGGCAGACCACAUCUCUUGUGCCGAUGACGACGAAUGCGCUGAACCUCACGUCUGCAGCCACGGGUGCACAAACUCUCCUGGGUCUUACUCCUGUCACUGUCUCGAGGGCUACCAGCUCGCCGACAAAAGCUUCUGCAAGGCACGAGACCCUGAGCCGCUCCUUCUCUUCUCCAACACGAAGGAAAUUCGUGGCCUCUGGCUUCGAUCCAACCGGUAUUUCGAAAUCCACCCGGCUGAGGCUCAGGCCGUCGGCGUGGAGUUCGACAGCGACCAGCACCGUGUAUAUUGGACCGAUGUCUCUGCACGCAAGUCGUCCAUUCAUUCCUGCCGCCUUGAUGGUUCGGGGUUCAAAACUCUCUUCAGUGCAGAAAAAACUCUACUGGAAGAUCUCUCAUUGGACUGGGUUACAAAUAACCUGUACAUCACGGACUCUCUCGUCAAACGCAUCCUUGUGUGUACUACAGAUGGCCUUUCUUGCAGCGCCCUGAUUACGGAGUCGGUGGAUUCUCCUCGAGCCAUCAUCGUAAACCCACCGCAAAAGGCCAUGUACUGGACAGACUGGGGCUCGCAGCCAGCAGUCAUGCAUUCGAGUAUGGACGGCACGAACAUCCAGCAAUUGGUAUCGACCGAUCUUGGUUGGCCUAACGGCCUUACGUUGGAUCAGACCACCAACCGUCUCUACUGGUGUGACGCCAAGCUCUCCAGGCUGGAAUUCCUGGAGCUCGCCACCCUGAGACGAGCCGUCGUCAUGGAUGAAGAUGUCUUCCACCCUUUCGCCCUUGCUGUUUUUGAGGACACGGUUUACUGGAGCGACUGGGCAUCUUACUCCCUCGACUCCAGCAACAAGCUUACCGGCAAGCACCACCACCGCGUUUUACGUGAAAACGGCAACCACAUCAUGGGUGUUCACGUUUACCAUCCAGUCCUACGCCUGCGAGGCAUCCAGAAUCCAUGCUGGGCCAACCCCUGUGAUCACAUCUGCGUGCUCUCUGCCAACUCCUACAUGUGCCUGUGCCGCAUUGGAUACAAACUGGCGGCUGACAAGCGCUCUUGCACAGUUACCAAGGACUUCCGUUUCGUCGUCGUAGCUGAAGAAGACUUGCUGUACAAGAUUGAACUCGACAGGGUCGGUGCUCCUCUCCCCGUUGCGUUGCCCUUUUCCAAUUUGGGAAUGAUUAGUGCGCUGGCCUUCGACUGGUCCAACCAAACGCUCCACUACAGUGACAAUCGCCACGAAAUCCUGUCCGCAGUCAACGUCAACACUUUCAGUCAAUGGACCGUCCACAAUCACAUUGGCUCGGUCUUCGGCAUGGAUUUCGACGUGACUCAUCAACUUCUCUACUGGGUAGACGCCGACAAGUACACGCUCGAGGUAUGCCGAGCCAACGGUUCCGGUCACGCCAUCAUCCGGGACGACCUCCGCCGACCAGUUGGCGUUGCUCUCUACCCUUUUGCUGGAAUACUUUUUGUGCUGACCGCCGGUGACCUACCCGCGAUUACCUCGUACACAAUGGAUGGCCGAAACCCCCGGCUACUUCCUUUAUCCACUCUGCUGCUUCCAGUCUCCCUUAGCGUCGAUCUGGUGGCCCGGAAGCUCGUCUGGGCUGACGCCACUCGUGGAACCAUCGAAUAUUUAGACCUUCGGAACACGUUCUCGGCGACACCGGUCAUCGUUCAACAAGUGAAAGCGCAUGUCUCUUCGGUGUCUGCUGCGCACAACGAAAUCCACUGGAUAUCCCGUGACAACGCCUCCCUUGAAUACAUCGAUCUGUCUGUCGAGCCCAACCUUCGCCGUCACGUUCCCCUGCGGUCUACGCGAAACGGCACCUAUUCGAGGCGUGUGAUUGUCGCUUCUCAAGUCCCUCCGUUCGCGUCCGGUCCGUGUGGACAAAAUAAUGGUGGCUGCUCCCACACCUGCCUACCAGUUCGCACUACAGACCGCUCCUGCUUCUGUCCACCUGGAAUGGCCCUCAAUGCUGACAACGCCACCUGUCGAGUCGAAAACGGCACCUGCCGUCCGCACGAGCUCCCAUGCGCUGGCCGUUGCAUCGCCGCCACCUACUGGUGCGACGGCCACAAGGACUGCUCCGACAACGCGGACGAAGCAUCUUGUGGUGCAGCCACGUGUCCUUCCACCGACUUCACAUGCUCCAACGGCCGUUGCAUUGAAAAGGAAUGGCAGUGUGACGGCUACAACGACUGUGGUGACCUCUCCGAUGAAAAGAACUGCACCCGCCAGACCUGCGCUACCCACCAGUACACCUGCCGCAGCGGAGUCUGUGUUCCUCUCUACUGGCGUUGCGAUGGCUCUGAAGACUGCCCCGAUGGUGACGACGAGCUCAACUGCCACGCCGUACGCUGCCCUAGCGGUCACGACCGCUGCGCCAAUGGCCAGUGUAUUCCCCACGACUGGACUUGCGACGGCCAUGCAGACUGCACAGAUUCCUCGGACGAAAAAAACUGCACCGAACCUCUCACCUGCUUGGUUGACGAUUUCCACUGCACCAAUGGGCAGUGCGUAGACAAGAGGCUUCGCUGCGACCACGAUGACGACUGCGAAGACGCCUCCGACGAAGUUGGCUGUGAUUACGCAAAGGUCAACCGAUCGAAGUGUCCCACGGGCAUGGUCAACUGUGGUGAUGGCCACUGCAUCUACGCCCACGACAUGUGUGACGGCUACGUCGACUGUCACAACGGCAGGGACGAGCGCAACUGCUCUGCGCCCAUAUGCCAGUCAGCUGAGUUCUUCUGCACUGGAACAAAACGCUGCAUUCUGCAAAGCUGGCUCUGCGACGGUGACGACGACUGCGGCGAUGGCAUGGAUGAACUCCUUCCUCGAUGUCACCCCACCACGCAGGUUCGCGCAACUACUGCGCCUGCCUGCUGGGGCAACGAAUUCCGGUGCGGUUCCCACGAAUGCAUCGCCUGGUCCCGUGUAUGCGACGGACGCACCGAUUGCGCCGAUUUCUCGGACGAAGGCAGCCAUUGCGUAAAACAUUGCGGCACUGCUAAUGGAGGAUGCGCUCACAUCUGCCGGGAAUCUCCAUCUGGUCCGAUUUGUUCCUGUCAUCCCGGUUACCGGCUCAACCCAGAUCACAAGUCGUGCGAUGACGUCGAUGAAUGUCAAACUCCCGGCCAUUGCAGUCACUUCUGUCAGAACUCUAAGGGCAGCUUCAAGUGCACAUGCGCUGAUGGUUACGCCCUCGGUGUCGACCGCCGCUACUGCAAGGUUCAAUAUGGGGAAGCGUUCCUGCUCUACAUGCUUCCGAACCAGAUACGGAGCUUUUCAAUGCACGGUCAUGCCCAGCAUUUACUUGCUGAAGAUUCUCUCUCAGAUAUGCAUGGUAUGGACUACCGAGUGACCGACCAGUCCGUAUUCUGGACCGAAAUGGACGAGGGUGUCAUCAACGUUAUGACUCUAGGAAACGGCAAGCAGUUCACACUUCUCGACGACAUCCACGAGCCCCACCACGUUGCGGUCGACUGGGUAGCCGGCAACAUCUACUUCACCGACGGCUGGGUUCACAUACAAGCGUGCGAGCCCACUUUCAAACACUGCACCGACGUCGUCGAUACGACCUACUCGCACCUGAACACGUUCGCCCUUUCGGCUAACGACGGGUUGAUGUUCUGGGCUGUAUGGCACGAAGUCGUGAACAAAGACCACGGCCUCAUUGAGCGCUCCAACAUGGACGGCACUGCAAGAAUUAUCUUGCUCACGGAUAAGAUCUUGUGGCCUUGCUCCAUUACCAUUGACGCCGUUCACAAGCGCAUAUAUUGGUCGGACGCGAACAAAAAUGUCAUUGAAAGUGCAACAUACGAUGGCAAACAGCGAAAAUUGGUCCGAGGUGCUGGCCUGUCAAGCCCGUUCAGCAUCGCUCUAUUCGAAGACUGGCUAUACUGGUCUGACUGGGGCUCGGACUCUCUGAUGGCCUGCAACAAAUACACCGGCACAAACAUUGGCCUUGUACAUCACGGCACAGCCAAAGCCACGGUUCUCAAAGUUCUUCAUGCUGUUCACCAACCAAGUGGCGUAAACCGCUGCGCCCGCAACCAGUGCGCACACAUCUGCCUGCUGAACCCUAGUGCGUACGCGUGUGCUUGUUCUCAUGGCUACUCUCUGGCACAGGACGCUCAUAGCUGUGUAGAAUCCGAUGAGCACUACAAUUUGACCAGCUCCGACGUCCUUGGUCAGUUUUGCAAUCCUGUAUGCCUGAAUGGUGGCCGCUGCAUCUCCGGCAACGGUUCUUACUACUGCAGGUGUCUCGACGGUUUCAAGGGGCCUUCCUGCAAGGAUGCCAUGAUUGUCUCGACACUACCUCAGAAGUCCAGCUCCCACUCUACAGCGCUGGCCUCCUUCCUCGUCAGCAUCCUGUGUGUGGCCUUGCUUGUCCUUGGCUACGUGCUGUACAGGAGAAACAGGGAGAGGCUUGCGGCCUUGGAUUUCUCGAUCAGCUUCAAGAAACCUACCUUCAGGAAGCGCCAGGGCUUGCUCGAAGAUGAGCACCCUGUUGCUGCCGACGAGGAUUACCACGCCAUGACCCCUGCACCGGGCUUCAUAAAUCCUGCGUUCGCCACUCGUAAAUCGGAGCUUCUCACCGAUGAUGGCCAGUUCAAGCGUUGGUCUUCCAGUGACUCCCUACAGUCUUCGUCUUCAAAAGACAAAUCCACGUGCGCCCUUGCCUCGGACUCUGCUGUGAAGGACCAAGUUUUCUUCUUCCGGAAGCACUAGUGGCCGAAGGUCGAACGUCACCCGUUUGUAUAUUGUGUAAUGUGUGACAUUUAAUUUAUACAUGCUCUGUAUACUUACAGAAAGCUUUUAAGAUGUUGCUGUUCAAAAUAGCUUUUAUCUAACAAAUAAAA